AUGGGGACGGGAAAGUAUUCCAACGGUAGGGGAUCUACGCCUACGGCACCGACCCCAGCUGCCGCCGCGGCGGUAGUUUCGGGCACUUCUUCUCGUCCCGCCGCGGUCGGGGUUGACGGCCCGGGCGAAGGACUUGGACCUGCGGCCCGGACGAAUGCGCGCCUCGAGGUUGGAGGAGUGACGGGACAGGCACCAGCUGGACGGCGAAUCCGCAGUGACGACGUCCGCCUCUCGGGUUUAUCGGGUCACGGGGCGUCGUCAUUCUCCGCUGCACCCCUGGGAGCUCGUCCGUCUGGCGGGCACCAGCUGGACGGCGAAUCCGCAGUGACGACGUCCGCCUCUCGGGUUUAUCGGGUCACGGGGCGUCGUCAUUCUCCGCUGCACCCCUGGGAGCUCGUCCGUCUGGCGGGUUAGCUUCGAGGCCCCCGUGGAAGUCUUGACCAAGAUGCUGUCGCGACCGUGGUAGUGGAAUGCGGGUCGGGUCUGCGCCAUUAUGCCUUCGCCGUCAGGGGCGCAGCUCCCGCGCUUCCAUGGUUUGUUGCGUACGGCGGCGGGAUUGAUUGCGGAUUGUCGCGUCCAAGUGUGUGUGUGUUUUUUUCUUUCUUCGUGUCGUCGUGUGCCGUUAUUUUCUUCUCCAUGCCUCAAGUAAUCGUUGUCGGCGAGAAGGGGUCGCAUGGACUGACCAUUUUUUUCUUUUUUUUUCUUCAGCGACCACCCUCCAAUGUACCUGCUAUCGACACCACCUGUCGCGGGCGCCGGAUGCGCUUCUGUUUUUCGCGUGUAUUUUUUGUAGCUCGCUGGAAAAUGUCGUAUUCGGGCGAGUUUUUUUUUUGGUUUUCUUCGGUGUGACCGUUGCUUUUUUUCUUGUCCAGGUCGGUGAAAAGUGUUGGACUCCGGCGACAAUUCAAUUUUAUUAUAUAUUUUCCAAUUAUUGUUGUGCCCUACUCCCGGGAAACCUUUCGUUUAUUUUCUUUUCAUUUCAUUCGAUGCAUGAUGGGACGAGGCAGAGGGUUUCUACUAUCCUAUGCACGUCAUUUUUCCCAUCCCUUGCGUGUUUGUUCUCUAUUGCCUUCUGAUGUGUUCAUCUGGCUACAAUGGUGGUGUCACUUCGACCAACAAAAAGUUAUUUGCACAUCAUCGCCAGUGGGGGGUGAGUCCGGGCGUUUUGUAUUUUUGCUGCACAAAGAAGGGCUGUUACGAUUCACGUAUCGUUUGGCGUGUUAGGCAAACCUUGGGUUGGAUACGCGUUGUCUUCCUGUGGCAGAACAGCCGUUUGAAUCAUUCGUGAUAAAGACGGCGUGAUGGCGUCGGAUUUCUGAGGGAUUUUGAUUCGGUGGCCGGGUUUCCCGUGUUUUUUUUUGUUUCUUGUGUUGUGGCUGUGUUUCGGUCGUUGGCGGACGUAUGUCUUUGCGCGAGUGGUGAGUCAGUGGCAUAUACAAUCAAGGGAUUUCCACAGUCCAAAGUUGCUGUUGCGUGAGAUGGGAGAUACAUGGAGGAUAUGUGGUGGGAGACUUUCGGU